AUGGCCUGCAUCUCUAGGCUAGAUCUCAGGCAGGCACGGACAAUUCCCUCUCGAAUGCUGAACGGUGGGACCUCCAGGGCACCCCGCGGUCACUCCCGGUUCCGUGUCCCGAGAAAGACAUGUCCCGAAAAAAGUCCCUCGGGACUCAGCCCCGGGCGGCGGGAGCGCUCCCGGCACGGCCCGAGGAGCCGAGGAUGGGGGUCCAGGGGCCGCGCUCCCCCCGUUCCUUGCAGGGCUCCGCCGCCACCCCCGCCCGGCACAAGGGCCACGGCAGGUUCUGUGCGCGACCCCCGCCCGCUCCCCUCCCGUGCGCGCUCGGCGUCUCGCCGGGACGCCGCCCGUCUCCCGCUAACGCGAAGGCCAGAAGGAGCAUGUUUGGUUAGACACUCCCGGAGCUCCUGCCGCCCCGAACGGCGGGAGCCAUGCAGCGGCGGCUCCCCAAAGCACGGGCUGGGAGGCUGUCGCUCCCCGCACGGCGAAGGAAGGGACUCCCACCUCUGUCCCAGCAGCACACACAGCCCCUGGCGCGCCCCACCUGGCCGCGGGCCGGGCUGCACUCGCCUCCUCCCGCCGCGGACCCCCGAGGGCGGCACUCACCGCUCGCAGAGGGCAGGGCAGGGCAGGGCCGGGCCGGGUCGAGCCAGGCCGCGCCGCGCGCCAACCGACGGCCGAUUCAAACCCCAACAUCCGCUCCCUGCCGGAAGCGCGGCCCGGCCCGGCCCGCCCCGCCCGGCGACCCUGCGGCCCCGCCGCAGUCGGCAGCCGCCCCGCGAGCCUCUUCUGCAGGGUUUACCGAAGGGAACAAAAAGUUGCGGGUUUUUUUAA